GGUUAUGAAAUGUGCACGCAGGAGGCCUUCCAGGCUCAGAGGAGUCAGCUGGUGGGGCUGUUGGUCUCAGGGUCCCUGGAGGGCUUCGAGAGCAUCCUGGACUGGCUCCUUUCCUGGGAAGUCCUUUCCUGGGAAGACUACGAGGGACUCAGCCUCCUGGGCCAGCCCCUCUCGCACUUGGCCAGGCGCCUCCUGGACACUGUCCGGAAUAAGGGCGCCUGGGGCUGUGAACAGCUUGUCGCGGCCAUCCGGGAGGCCCAGACCGACUGCCAGGCCCCAGAGCUUUCCGGCUGCUGGGAUCCCCACUCGCCCCACCCAGCCCGUGACCUGCAAAGUCACCGGCCAGCCAUCGUCAGGAGACUCUACAGCCAUGUGGAGGGCGUGCUGGAUCUGGCGUGGGAGCACGGUUUCAUCAGCCAGUACGAAUGUGAUGAAAUCAGGUUGCCCAUCUUCACAUCCUCCCAGCGGGCAAGGAGGCUCCUCGAUCUUGCCACAGUGAAGGCGAAUGGGUUGGCUGCCUUUCUUCUACGUCAUGUUCAGGAAUUGCCAGUCCCGUUGGCUCUGCCUUUCGAAGAUGCCGCAUGUAAGAAGUACAUGUCCAAGCUGAGGACCACGAUAUCUGCUCAGUCUCGCUUCCUGAGCACCUAUGAUGGGGCUGAGAAUCUUUGCCUGGAGGAAAUAUACACAGAGAAUGUUCUGGAGAUCCGGACAGAGGUGGGACUGGCCGGACCCCCGCAGAAGAGCCCUGUGACCCUGGGCCUGGAGGAUCUCUUCAGCACCCGUGGCCACCUCAAUGAAGAUGCAGACACUGUGCUGGUGGUGGGCGAGGCGGGCAGCGGCAAGAGCACGCUGCUGCAGCAGAUGCACCUGCUGUGGGCUGCAGGGCGCGACUUCCAGGAAUUUCUCUUCGUCUUCCCAUUCAGCUGCCGGCAGCUGCAGUGUGUGGUCAAGCCGCUGUCUGUGCAGAUGCUGCUCUUUGAACACUGCUGUUGGCCUGACGUUGGCCAACAGGACGUCUUCCAGUUCCUCCUCGACCACCCCAACCGUGUCCUCUUAACCUUCGAUGGCUUUGACGAGUUCAGGUUCAGGUUCUCGGAUCGCGAGCGUCACUGCUCUCCCACCGACCCCACCUCUGUCCAGAAUCUGCUGUUCAACCUUCUGCAGGGCAACCUGCUAAAGAAUGCCCGCAAGGUGCUAACCAGCCGACCGGAUGCGGUGUCCGCAUUCCUCAGGAAGUACCUGCGCUUGGAACUCCACCUCAAGGGCUUCUCAGAAGAGGGCAUCGAGCUGUACCUGAGGAAGCGCCAUCGUGAUCCGGGGGUGGCCGACCGCCUCAUCCGCCUGCUCAAAGGGACCUCGGCCCUGCAUGGUUUGUGCCACCUUCCUGUUGUCUCCUGGAUGGUGUCCAGAUGCCACCAGGAACUGUUGUUGCAUGGCGGGGGCUCCCCAAAGACCACCACGGAUCUGUACCUGCUGAUCCUGCAGCAUUUUCUGCUGCAUGCCUCCCCCCCAGACUUGGUGCUCCGCGGUCUGGGAUCCGGCCUGCUUCGAGGCAGACUCUCCACCCUCCUGCGCCUGGGCCAGCUGGCUGUCUCAGGCCUGGGCACGUGCUGCUACCUGUUCUCAGCCAAGCAGCUCCAGGCGGCACACAUCGACAGGGAGGACAUUUCCCUUGGCUUCCUGGUGCACGCCAAGAGCGUUGUGCCCGGGGGCGCCGCCUCCCUGGAAUUCCUGCACAUCACCUUCCAGUGUUUUUUUGCAGCCUUGUACCUCGUGCUCAGCGCUGACCUGUCACCGUCCUUGCUCAGACAGCUCUUCAAUUGUCACCGGCCGCGCAGCUCGCUGCUGGCCCGGCUGCUGCCCCCCAUGUGCGUGCCGCGCUCAGAGGGCCAGGAGGGCGGCACGGCCGCCUUGCUGCGGGAGGCCGAGCCGCACAACCUCCGGAUCACAGCAGCCUUCCUCGCGGGGCUGCUGUCCCGGGAGCACGGCGGCCUGCUGGCCGAGGGCCAGGCGUCUGAGAAGGCCCUGCUCCAGCUCCAGGCCUGCGCCCGCGGCUGCCUGUCCCGCAGCCUCCACGAGCACUUCCACUCCAUCCCCCAGGCCGUGCCGGGGGAGGCCAAGAGCAUGCACGCCAUGCCCGGGUUCAUGUGGCUCAUCCGGAGCCUGUACGAGAUGCAGGAGGAGCAGCUGGCCCGGCAAGCCGUGAGGGGGCUCAAGGUCGGGCACCUGAAGCUGACGUUUUGCGGCGUGGGCCCUGCGGAGUGUGCCGCCCUGGCGUUUGUGCUGCGGCACCUCGGGCGGCCCGUGGCCCUGCAGCUGGACCACAACUCUGUAGGGGACCUUGGUGUGGAGCAGCUGCUGCCCUGCCUGGACGUCUGCAAGGCUCUGUACUUGCGAGAUAACAAUAUCUCCGACCGAGGUGUCUGCAAGCUCGUGGAGCAUGCGCUGCAGAGCGAGCAGCUGCAGAAGUUAGCGCUCUUCAACAACAAACUGACGGAUGGCUGUGCACAACCCAUGGCCAGGCUCCUUGCAUGCAAGGGGAACUUCUUGGCAUUAAGGCUGGGGAAUAACCAUAUCACUGCUGCAGGAGCCCAGGUGCUGGCUGAGGGGCUCAGAGCCAACGCCUCCUUGCAGUUCUUGGGGUUGUGGGGCAACAAGGUGGGUGAUGAGGGGGCCCAGGCUUUGGCUGAAGCCUUGGGGGAUCACCAGAGCUUGAGGUGGCUCAGCCUGGUGGGCAACAACAUCGGCAGCGUGGGGGCUCAAGCCUUAGCAUUAAUGUUGGAAAAGAACAUGGCACUGGAAGAACUCUGCCUGGAGGAGAACCAUCUCCAGGAUGAAGGUGUGUGUUCUCUUGCCAAAGGACUUGAGAGGAAUUCCAGUUUGAAAGUUCUGAAGCUGUCCAACAACUGUGUCACCUACCUUGGGGCAGAAGCCCUCCUGUGGGCCCUGGAAAGGAAUGAUACCAUCCUGGAAGUCUGGCUCCGAGGCAACACUUUCUCUCCCGAGGAAAUUGAGAGGCUCAGCCAGAGGGACACCAGACUCUUGCUCUGAAGCCUGGGGGCCAAUGUUUAUCUCAGUUUGUUUGCGAACAGGCUGUGGAUUUAGAUCCCAGGAGCUGGAUUACAUCUGGCAGCAGCCCAUUCACACAGAGCCGUGUCCUGCCCAGGGAGGGCUGGCGCAAUGGGUCAUCUUUGUUCCGGCAGAGGAAGGAGCCACGGUGCCCUUCCGAGCAGACUUUUCUGCAGCCGACUUUUGCAUCCGGUUCUUCCCACGAUUCAGUCCAUGGAAUGUAGCAGAGGGACAGCUCCUGCCGCCACCUCCAGCUGAUCUGACGUGGGUCAGUGGGGCCCGUGGAUGUUACUGCGUGCCCGUCACUGUCGAGACCUAGACCCACAGGAGAGGCCCCUUCCCACC